AUGGAUCAUGAUGGGAUGGGGGGCAGGGGAGUGGAGAAUGGGCGUCGGCGGUACGAGGAGGAAGAAGAGCACCACUCUGUCUACAUUGGCGUUCCCGUGCCGCGCAGUUACCGGCGCAAGCGGCGUCGCCGUCGGUCAGACUCCAGCCGUGAGACGGGAGACGGCGACCGGGAGAGACGCCAUGAGUCCCACAGACACCAGCACCAGGACAGAGACGACAGGAGGCGCUUCGACAUGGACGAUGGGGUCCUGGACCCACAAGAUCAGAGCCCUUCUCCGGACCCCAACUCCACCAUGUCUCCAGCGGCAGAGAGACUGCGCUACAUCUUGAACGAUGAAGACGAUGUGCCCACCCCCACCAUCUUCACCGAGAUGGACACACUUCAGCACGAGGGUGACGAGCUGGAGUGGAAGGAGUCAGCCAGGUGGGUGAAAUUUGAGGAGAAGGUGGAGGAGGGUGGGGAGAGGUGGAGUAAGCCGCACGUCUCCACCCUGUCCCUGCACAGCCUGUUUGAGCUGCGCACUUGUCUGCAGACUGGCACCAUCAUGCUGGACCUGGAGGGGUACUCCCUGCCCCAGAUAGUGGAGGAGAUUGUGGAGAAGCAGGUGGAGGAGGGGCUCAUUGGACCUGAGCUGAGGGACAAGAUUGUCUAUGUCCUUCUGAGGAAACACCGACACCAGACCAAGAAACCUAUUCACCGCUCUCUGGCUGACAUUGGGAAGGCCUCCUCCUCCAGCCGAAGCCCCGCCCGCAGCCCCACCGCAGGGGCAGGGUUCCAUCGCUCCACAGAAGAUCUGCGCAUGAAGCAGGCGGGCAGCUAUGGCCGUCUGCAUCAUGCCCAGAGUCGGAGCAUGAAUGAUAUUUCAGAUACACCCAGCACAGACCAGCUGAAGAAUAAAUUCAUGAAGAAGAUUCCUCGCGACGCUGAAGCCUCCAAUGUGCUGGUGGGGGAGGUGGACUUCCUGGAAAAGCCCUUUGUGGCAUUUGUCCGUUUAUCCCAGGCCACCACCCUGGGGGGGCUGACCGAGGUCCCCGUGCCAACCAGGUUCCUCUUUGUGUUACUGGGGCCACAGGGCAAAGGGAAGUCGUACAAUGAGAUUGGCCGUGCCAUUGCCACUCUGAUGGUGGAUGACCUCUUCAGUGAUGUGGCUUAUAAGGCUCGGGACCGAGAGGACCUCAUUGCCGGUAUUGAUGAGUUCCUAGAUGAGGUGAUUGUGCUGCCACCAGGAGAGUGGGAUCCCAAAAUCCGCAUUGAGCCCCCCAAAAAAGUGCCCUCGGCAGACAUGAGGAAGUCAGUCUUCUCCCUAAACGAGUUGGGACAGAUGAACGGGACGGCAGGAGGGGGAGGAGGUGCUGCUGAGGAUGAGGAGAUGCCCGCACCCCACGAACUGGGAGAGGAGCUGGCGUUCACUGGGAGGUUCUGUGGCGGCCUGAUAUUGGACAUUAAGCGGAAGCUGCCCUGGUUCCCCAGGGACUUCUAUGAUGGCUUCCACAUCCAGUCCAUCUCCGCCGUGCUCUUCAUUUACCUGGGCUGCAUCACCAACGCCAUCACCUUCGGGGGGCUGCUGGGAGACGCCACUGACAACUACCAGGGUGUGAUGGAGAGUUUCCUGGGUACGGCUCUGGCUGGUACGAUCUUCUGUUUGUUUGGUGGCCAGCCCCUCAUCAUCCUCAGCUCCACCGGGCCCAUCCUGAUCUUCGAGAAGCUGCUCUUUGAGUUCAGCAAGUCUAACAACAUAGACUACAUGGAGCUGCGACUGUGGAUAGGGCUCCACUCCUGCCUCCAGUGCUUUAUUCUGGUCGCCACGGAUGCCAGCUACAUCAUCAAAUAUAUGACACGCUUCACAGAGGAAGGCUUCUCCAGCCUCAUCUCCUUCAUCUUCAUCUCUGACGCCAUCAAGAAGAUGGUGGGUUCCUUCAAGUACUACCCCAUCAACAGGGAAUUCAAGCCGGACUACAUCACUACAUACAAGUGCGAGUGCCUGGCCCCUGAUCCAGUGGUUUCAAUGACUUUCAAUGUAUCGGCUCCAGUGGCAGUGGACAACAGCACUAACCUGUCUGUGUAUAAUGUGACAGCCCUGGACUGGAGCCAGCUCAGCAAGAAGGAGUGCCUGAAGUACGGGGGCACCCUGGUGGGGAAGUCCUGCAAGUACGUGCCUGACCUGGCCCUCAUGUCCUUCAUCCUCUUCUUCGGCACCUACUCUAUGACCGUCUCACUCAAGAAGUUCAAGUUCAGCCGGUACUUCCCCACCAAGUGGCGUACCCUGAUCAGUGACUUUUCCAUCAUUAUUUCCAUCCUGGUCUUCUGUGUGCUGGACUUUCUUCUGUGCCUGGACACCCCCAAACUGCAUGUUCCCACGGAGAUAAAGCCGACACGCCCUGACCGUGGCUGGGUGGUGCAGCCUUUUGGGAAGAACCCCUGGUGGAUAUACGUGGCCAGCUUCGUCCCGGCCCUCCUCGUCACCAUCCUCAUUUUCAUGGACCAGCAGAUUAGCGCUGUCAUCGUCAACCGCAAGGAGAACAAGCUGAAGAAAGGGUGUGGCUACCACCUGGACCUGCUGUGGGUCGGGGUCCUGAUGGUGGCCUGCUCCUUCAUGGGGCUGCCGUGGUACGUGGCAGCGACUGUCAUCUCAAUCGCCCACAUCGACUCCCUCAAGAUGGAGAGUGAGUCCAGCGCCCCGGGGGAGCAGCCACAGUUCCUGGGAGUGAGGGAGCAGAGGCUGACAGGAACCCUGGUGUUUGUAUUGACCGGAGUUUCCAUCUUCCUUGCUCCCAUACUCCAGUACAUCCCCAUGCCAGUGCUCUACGGUGUCUUCCUUUACAUGGGGGUGGCGUCUCUCAGUGGCAUUCAGUUCUGGGACCGAAUAAAGCUGUACCUGAUGCCAGCGAAGCACCAGCCAGAUUUCACCUACUUGCGGCACGUGCCUCUGCGGCGGGUGCACCUCUUCACCCUGGUGCAGAUCACCUGCCUGGCGGUGCUCUGGAUCCUCAAGUCCACCGUGGCAGCCAUCAUCUUCCCAGUCAUGAUCCUGGGCCUGAUGGUGGUACGGAAGAUGCUAGACCUGGUGUUCUCCCAGCACGACUUGGCCUGGCUGGACGAUAUUCUGCCCGAGAAGGACAAGAAGAAGAAGGAGGAUGAAAAGAAAAAGAAAGACAAGAAGAAAUCCAGAGAAGAGGAUGACAUUGAACCAGAGUCUAAGAGCCCCUCCCCAACCUCAGUGAGGAUACCCAUGGAACCCAUGGGUCUGCUCGUGAGCCCCGCCCCUACCCCUGGUCCCCCUCCUGUUGAACCCCUAGUCUCUGACCGAGAAAUACCACCCUUACUCUAACUGCUCGGGAGAUGAGUCUGACCUGGACCGUAGCACUCUUUUCUGACCUCCUGGCGGUUCCCUUUGGCCUCCCCCUGUCCCUCUCCUCCUCUCUCGAUGGCUGCGCGUGUGUUGUAACCAGAGCUUGGUGUUCCCCAGCAUCACUCUGCACCUGAAGAUCUCCUGUCCUCCGUCCCCUGCUGGGCCACUGACCCACGGAGCCGGUUCCCUGCCUCAGGUCAAGAUUGAGCUGGAGACUGACAGCGAGGACAAUGACACUUACCCCCGUCUGCGGGACGUGAGCGGCGAGACCACACUAUAGGGGACUAGAGGGGACUGGUGGACUAUAGGCAACGCUAGCGCGUGGAUACACAUGGGGCCUACUAUAUACACUUAACAUACAGAGCGCUGACACACAUACACAUUUAUUUCCAUUUCCCCAUUUCUGGAGACACAGAACAGUAAACAGCAGGUUAAAGCAACACUCACAGACUGAGACACUGAAAAUAAGGUUUCACUUCCUUACUCCCAUGCAUCAUGCCCAGCACUGUCUCAACUUCCAGUCUUAAAGACAGUGGUAUUCUUAUUUUCUAUUUUAGCAGAAUAUAUCCUUUCUACAUUUCUUCUCAAUGCUCAAUGUAUAAAAUCACCUGUUACAGAGUUUAUCUAUCUACCUAAAUAUAGGCUAUAUCUAUACACACACAGUUUUGCACUUGAGAAUUUGUGAGUGAAACAAAUGCAUUUUCAUGUGGUUGGUGGAAACGCUCAAAAAUUCAGUGAUGGAUUUAUGGUUUUCAAUUACUUUUCCCCAUGUAAAGUGCCUCCUCACUGCCCUAUGAAGAGGUUUCUUGUGCAUGUUUUCUCCCAUCCAUGUCAAUGCUCUUUCCUGUUUGCCAGUUUCCACUUUUCCCAAGCUGUCUCCAUAGCAAUCUACAGUACUGAACUUUGUGUAAUCACAUUUUCCCAAAAGAAAAAAGAAACAACCAAAAAAAAAAAAAAAAAAACAGUAGGCACUAAUUGCAAACCAAUCCCUGUAAUCCUAUUGUUUUUAACUAUUGUAAACGGAAAUUUUAAAAAA